GUAUGGAAGUUUCUGAGUAAUUUUCUAUUGAUUUUACUGAACGAAAACUUGUUGGCAAACUUCAAAUUGUGUGUCAAAUUGAAUCAAGACUACAUCUCCUCCAGUUGUUGAAGCAUUAUUGCUUUUGGGGAAAAGUUGGGAACCAAAACCCUCAAACUAGGAAUGUUGACAAAAAUAGAUACACUUGUAGCUCUGCUUUUCCUAAUGCUACUCCUCUUGGCACUCUCUACCCCUGUUAGUGCAGAACCUCACUUUACAUUCUGUCAUGAUACUAUGACAAAUUAUUCUCUCAAUAGCCCAUUUGAAGACAACCUCAAGAACCUUCUUGAUAACAUAUCUUAUAGUACUCCUCACAAUAAAGGCUUUUAUAACACCUCAAUUGGAAAUGACACUAACCAAGUCUAUGGGCAAGCGCUUUGUAGAGGGGAUGUCACUCCCAGAGUUUGCCAGAACUGUGUUGAGAAUGUAAGCCUAGAGAUCAUGGAGGAGUGCAAAAGUCAAGCUGCAGUUAUAUGGUAUGAAAAAUGUCAAAUUCAAUACUCGUACCGUAUGUUCUUUAACACCCUGCAGCCUUACACCUUUAAGUUUCCAGACUGGAAUAAUCAGAUGAGAAAUGUGUCGGAUCCAGUUCCUUUCAGUGCGGCUCUUACGAGUUUCAUGAAAAACCUUUCAACUAAGGCUGAAAUUGAUCCUUCUAAGCUCAUGUUUGCAACUGGAAACAUCAAAUUUUCAAGGAUAGAAACGAUAUAUGGGCUUGUGCAGUGUACGAGGGAUAUCUCUCCUACUGACUGCAGUGGUUGUUUGAAUUCUGCCUUAACAGAACUUGAAGGAUGCUGCAAUUAUCGUCAAGGUGAAACUAUUUUUAGCAGGAAUUGUAAUGUGAGGUUUGAGCUGUACCGCUUUUUUGAUGACUCAACCGGCAAUGAAUACAUAUGGUGAACUUGAAUUGAAGGCAGAGCAUUUUUGCCUUGAAAAACAAGGGACAAAUGGAGGAUUUGGGUUGCUGUAGCAGUAGGCUGCGUAUCAACAUUUGUGCUAGCAGUAUUAAUUUGGUACCAUGCCAUUCAUCCCAGAAAGAGGAGGAAGAGAACACAGAUAGGUAUAUUUACUAUUUAUCAAAAUGAGCCUUUUCCAAACAAUUCUAUAUCGAUGGCAGAACUACCAUAACUAAAAUUCUAGUCUCUCCCAGAUGAGGAAAAGAGCAAAAAUGCAUUUUUACAUGACUUGGCAACUCCAACUGGUGUUACAAUUACACAGGAGGGUGACUU